UUAGCCAGCGAACUACAUCACAACCUCAUGAGUUGAGGUCUCAAUAGAAGAGAACAAGACCAGUAGUGCCCGAUCAAGUUCACCAAAACUCAUAUUCCAACACCAACCAUUACAACACAUUAUCUCGGUCCUCAAACCGCCAGAUCGAUUCGAAACACCCAUCCCUGAGCACACCUAGCAAUCUUGCAGGCUCAAAUCGGGAGUAAAACUCACAACCCCAGACGACCUAAAUUACAACUCAGCAAGCCACAAACACAACUUUAAAAGAUAGGGAGUGUACUCACCGCCGUGCUGAGCACACAGCUCACCCAAGCAGUAACUGCAAGAGCUCGAUGCCCAUCCGCAGCCAAGCAAGCCUAGCUUGCCGCUGCCGCAUCACACCGUUACUCCUCCGUCCAACAACAACCCUCUUCCGGCUCCCAUCAGCAGCAGCCGCAACAAGGCGGCCGCCUCUCUCAUCCGCAUCCGCAUCUGCAUCCGCACCCCUGUAUCCAUCCAUACCAACAAGGAUGAGCAGCACCACCAUCACCGGCACGGCUGGUUCUGCCAGCGCGGCAGGGGCACGCAGCUACCCCACACCAACGGCGAGCACGUCAGCGCUCCCCGGCAACACACCAUCCUCAGCAGCAGUACCAAAGCAGCAGCAACAACAACCAUCAGUAACAGUAACCACCGCUGUAGAGGACGACACCACCACCACAACCACCACCACCACUGAACCAGACCAGGAACAGCAGCAGCAGGAGAGCAAGAAACCAAUCCUUCCCCUUCCGGCCCCGGACCCCUCCUCCUCUUCCUCAAACGACGAAGAAGGCACACGGAUCGUGCAAGUCAACGGGAAAGCUGUGGCACUCGACAAGCUGGGGCCGAUGGUGGUCGGGCGGGACGGGACUGUGUCGCGCAUCGCCAACUGGCCUGAGAUGACGGAGAUCGAGCGGCAGAACACGCUGCGCAUCCUGUGCAAGCGCAACCAGCUGCGGCUGGCUAAUCUCCGGGCUGGGAGGGAGGCUGAUGCCCCGAUUCCAGUUGAGGGUGUUGGUGAGACUGCUGCUGCUGCUGCUGCUGGUGAUUCUCCCAACGGGGACGCGGUCAAGCAAGGGUGAUGGAUUAGGCUUGAUAGUAGGGGUGAGAAUGGUAUUGAUAAGGGGAUGUUAGGUAGAUGGAGAAUUGAGAUUCUCUUGCUAGCACCAUCAGCUAGAAUGGCUGCUUGCUUUCCAUGUGCCUGCUCCCCUUCGUGUACGCCUGUAGUACGCCUGUAGUAGCAAGUCGGUACAUGAAUACAUCAUGGCUAGAUCAAAGACACGCUAGGA